GGGCUUAAUGUUGUGUCGCUUCGCCUUUUUUUUUUCUUCUGGAAAGCUAUGGAGAGUAAAAUGUGUGUAGUCUAAGUGUGCGUGUGUGAGUGAGAGAAUGUGUGUGUGUGUCUGAGUGUGUGUGUGUGUGUGUGUGUGGCGGUUAUUGUGAUUUUUUUUUUUCACACCGUGUCAAACUUGAACGCAGGAGGAAAAAGCUUGGGCUCGACAAGGAGCUGCUGAGGGCCCACAUCAGUAUGGUGAACAGCCAAGCGUCAGGCGUACCGCCGGCCCCCAGGUCGUGCGCAGGAUGCGGGGGGAAGAUCGCGGACCGCUUCCUGCUCUUCUCCAUGGAGCGUUACUGGCACACUCGCUGCCUCAAGUGCUCUUGCUGCCAGGCCCAGCUGGGGGACAUCGGUACCACCUGCUACAGCAAAGGGGGCAUGAUUCUGUGUCGGAGCGACUACAUCAGACUGUUCGGGCACAGCGGGGCGUGCAGCGCCUGCGGCCAGUCGAUCCCAGCCAACGAAAUGGUGAUGAGGGCGCAGGGAAAUGUUUACCACCUCAAGUGUUUCAGCUGUGCCACCUGUAGAAACAGACUGAUGCCUGGCGAUCGCUUCCAUUACAUCAACGGUACAAUUUUCUGCGAGCACGACAGACCCGGCGCUGCCUUGCUCAACAGCCACCUGCCCCCACUUCAGAGCAGCAACGUGCUGACAGACCAGAAGGUAUGCUGAGGAGCAGAAACGCCUCGCCUCACCUCUCCCAAUCUUUGUUUCUUCUUCUUCUCCUCUUGCUACUAUCGCCGUUGUUGUGGAUUCUCAUCGCUGCCCCGCCCCCCUCCUCGGAGAGGAUGCCGUUUCUCACAGAGAUCUGGUCUCCUGUCACCAUAUCACACACUCUAUACAGCGCGUAAAGAGUUUAUGUUGUGUUCAAUGUUUUAAAGUGGUCCGUACAUCAUGCAGAGACUUCCAGAAUGUGUGGAAAAAGGCUCCUUCAUGGACUAAGAGAAAGCUGGAGGACAAUAACGAUGAUGAUGAUGAUGAUGGUGAUGAUGAUGAAAGCUUACGCCAUCAACCAGAAGAAGGAACAAAAGAUGCUCGAAUGAACAUUUGAUGGACUGCAGUGAAGAUGAACUCAGAGCUUUGCAUUCUGUCCCCUGAGCGUCAGUGUUUUUAAAGAACUCUUCAUCUCUCUCUCUCUUGUAUAUGUUAAACUGAGAUUUUACACACUGGGGGGGAUUGAAUAUAAAAUUGAUAGGUGAUAGGUGAUAGGUGCAAGAAUCCAUGUGGGUGGGUCUGUGAAAAUGUUCAGUUGUAGGGGGAAAAAAACACUGCUUGUCAGAAGUGAGACUCGAACCUGCACCGGAAACUUUUCCUUUUUUUUUAAAGCACUCAAGGAAAAAUCUUAAAUGUGGCUGAUAGCUGUGAUUUCUGCACACAAAGAAGAACUGAAACGAUCCAGUUGAAGGUCUUGUUGUUUUUUUCUUCUGUAGAGUUUUAUUUCUUUUAUCAGAUGCCUGUUCAAUGUGUGGAGUUUAAAAAAAAAACUAAAAUCCUAUUAAAACGAUUUUCCUCUAACAUGUCACCAAGCUGAGCUGAGGUCAUUUCCAAGCCCCCCCUUGAA